AUGCUAAAGAAAAUAUAUGAAUUGUCUCAUUUGAAAAUGAUUCUUAAUGAAUUUCCAAAAAGUAUAAAAUUCUGUUUUGCAUAUGGAUCUGGUGCAUUUAGACAGUUAAAUAAUCAUGAUGAUAAAAUGUUGGACCUUAUAUUUGUUGUAAAAAACCCAAACAAAUGGCAUGCAGAAAAUUUAAAACUUAAUCCAAAACAUUAUUUUUUACCAAUGAGAUAUCUUGGACACAAAUUUAUUACCACUAUACAAGAAAAUUGGGGUGCAAAAAUUUAUUACAAUACCUUGGUAAAAACAAAAGCAGGACAAACUAUUAAAUAUGGAAUAAUGUCUGAUAUUUCUCUGAUAGAAGAUUUAAUAGAUUGGAACAAUUUAUAUGUAGCAGGAAGAUUACAUAAGCCCGUAGAAGUUCUGAUAGAACCAGCCGAAAAUUCUCCGAUACGUAUGGCUCUCGUAGAAAAUUUACAUUCAGCUGUUCGUGCAGCGUUUUUGUUACUUCCUGAGCAUUUUACCAAAAUAAAUUUUUAUAAAGUAAUCGCUGGAUUAUCUUACAGUGGUGAUUUUCGUAUGAUUUUUGGAGAAAAUAAAGAUAAAAUACACAAUAUUGUAGUCCCGCAAUUACAAAGUUUCCAAGAAUUGUAUGCACCAAUUUUACAACAUUACGAGCAAUUUAUAGAUUUUCCUAAAUCUGAACAACCGACAGUAAUGUGUCACCAAGAUACAAAUCCAAUUACUAGAAUAUAUCAUUUAAAUCAAUUACCUCUAACGCCUCAAAUUAAGUUGGUAAAAGCAUGGUCCGUAGGUUCAAGAUCAAAGGAUAUGGAAGACUGUUUACAUUCUAUCGCAUAUGAUCCUGAGUGCAGUGAAAUAUUGAAAAGAUCUUUAAAAGAAAUUGUCUGGAGAUCUAGCGUUACACAAAGUUUAAAGGGAAUUUUUACAGCUGGAUUUAUAAAAUCGGUUAUGUAUAGUAAUGCAAAAAUCAAGAAGAUGUUACAAUCAAACUUACAGACGAAUAUUCCUUCUGAAUCUAAAUCAGAUAAAAUUAGCAAUCUAGUCGAAACUGUUGUGAAGAAGCAAACAGAGGCUAAGGACACUGACAAGCGCCUAGAGUAG